CGAGGUGCCUGGUAGUACGGUGUUGCCGGAAGUAUGGCGGCUGUGUGAAGGUGGGGGACAGCAGCAUGGCGGGGUCUGCAGGCCGGACCGGGGAUGUUAUCCAUCUCAAUGUGGGGGGGAAGAGGUUCAGCACUUCAAGACAGACCCUCACCUGGGCUUCUGACACAUUCUUUUCCAGCUUGCUGAGUGGCCGAAUCUCUUCCUUAAAGGAUGAAACUGGAGCAAUUUUCAUUGACAGAGAUCCUACAGUGUUCGCUCCCAUACUGAACUUUCUACGCACCAAAGAGCUUGAUACAAGGUUAAUGUGUGCAGAGUAUACAUGUCUCUACCGACAUAUGAAAAUGUGUUAUCAGU